UUGAUUGGAAAAAAAAAAAUGCAUGUAAUGAUUUCUAUCAUGGGGGGAUAAUAUUACAACGGAUAUUCAGUUCGUCGAAAGUGUUAAGCCUAUAUAUCUGUAGAUAUUGAGCCGUAUUGUGCGGUCACCCCUUGAAAAAAUUAAGGACAUUGGGAAGGCUAUCUACUCACAAGGCGAUACAAGCCGUACCACUCAGAAGAUACAAGGGGAUUCGUGCAUUUCUCGUCCGUUCCGUUAGUGCUUAUGCACAGGAAAGUGUCGCUUUAUUGGAUGUAGAACGGGCUUACAUUAACAUUUUGAGAUUCUGCUCUCAUAUUUGUACUCAGAAUACCAGCAUUUCACUUUUCAUUUCACUCCAUGAGACAGCAAGAUUUUCUCGGAGAGACAGGAACCCUCUUCGCGGCGCUCAUCGUCACGUUACUGGCGUGAAUGAGACAGUGUGUGCAAUUCAAUGUCUGGUAUAUGAAGCUAAACAACGUGGAGGUUCGACUUUGAGGAUUUAACUGUCUGGAAAAGGGACAAGGUAUCACAAAAUUCACAUCACUGUCUAGGAAAGCGGAGGAAACAGCUUAUCGUCGGAAUGCUUACGCUUUUACAAGGCUCAACACGAUGACACCUCAUACUGGCACCACACUUCAGUGAGCUGGGCCACCCUCUGCCACGAAAAUGCAUAUCUGGAUACUGAAAAUAAUCCCUCUGAUCGCAGCAUCUCUGAGUGUGGUCGAGAUGUAUGACAAUUAUGGGGAAAUCUGUAGGAAUUUAUGUACGUGCGAGGAGAAGGAAGGGAUACUGACAGUGAGCUGUGAGAACAGAGGGAUUGUCAGACUAACGGAAAUAAGCCCGGUACAUUUCUCCAUGUACCACCUUCUGCUGACAGGAAAUCUCCUCAAGAAACUGUCCCUCAACGAUUUCAUCAACUACACUGGGGUGACUAUUCUGCAUUUAGGCAACAAUGACAUUUCCGAAAUAGAGACUGGUGCCUUUAAUGGACUCCAAGGAUUAAAGAGAUUACAUCUGAACAACAACAAAAUAGACCUUUUAAGGGAUGAUACAUUUGCUGGGCUGGAAAGUCUGGAAUAUCUUCAAAUUGAUUAUAAUUACAUCACUAAUAUAGAGCCUAACGCACUGAGCAAACUGCACCAGCUCACCGUUAUGAUUUUAAAUGACAAUAUGCUCUCUGCUCUGCCUAACAAUAUUUUCCGGAAUGUGCCCUUAACGCACUUGGACCUUCGGGGCAAUCGGUUGAAAAUGUUUCCAUACAUUGGUCUCCUGGAGCAUAUGGACAAAGUAGUGGAAUUACAACUCGAGGAGAACCCCUGGAAUUGCUCCUGUGAGCUCAUAUCUCUGAAAGCUUGGCUGGAGAGCAUCGCGUACACAGCUUUAGUGGGGGAGGUGGUUUGCGAGACGCCUUUCAGACUGCAUGGCAGAGACCUGGACGAGGUCUCCAAACAGGAGCUCUGCCCACGAAGAGCCAUCUCAGAGUAUGAAAUGCGUCCCCCACCGCCACUCAGCACCAAUGGAUAUUUCCAAACCACGCCAGCAGCUGUGACAGCCUCAGCCACCUCUUCAGCUGUUUUGCGGUCAUCAUCGAGGCCUACAAAGGGCACCCGCCCAUCAAACAGAACCAAGACAAAGCCCACCUCCCGGAUUCAAGUCAACCCCUAUAACUAUGGCCCAAUCAUUGCUUAUCAGACCAAAUCUCCUGUGCCUUUGGACUGCCCGACUGCCUGUACAUGUAAUCUGCAGAUCUCCGAUCUUGGACUGAACGUCAACUGCCAAGAGAGGAAGAUUGAGAAUAUAUCUGACCUUAAACCCAAGCCAUACAAUCCCAAAAAGAUGUAUCUCACAGGGAAUUACAUCCCUGUGGUACGCAGAUCUGAUUUUGUGGAGGCCACCGGAUUGGAUUUGCUCCACCUAGGAAACAAUAGGAUAGCCCUCAUUCACGACAGAGCUUUUGGGGAUUUAACAAACCUGCGUAGGCUGUACUUAAAUGGUAAUCUAAUCGACAGACUUACAACCGACAUGUUUUUUGGACUGCAGAAUCUUCAGUACCUCUACUUAGAAUAUAACAAAAUCAGAGAAAUUGACGGGGGCGCUUUACACUUUUUACCCAACCUCCAAUUGCUUUUUCUUAACAAUAACCUUAUGAAAACCUUACCAGGAGGAAUCUUUAGUGGGCUGUCCCUUUCUAGACUCAAUCUUCGCAGUAACCAUUUUCAAAACCUGCCUGUGAGUGGUGUGUUGGAUCAGCUGAAGUUGCUGGUGCAGAUAGAUCUAUUUGAGAACCCCUGGGAUUGUUCAUGUGAUGUUGUCGGCAUGAAGAUAUGGCUAGAGCAGCUCAGUGCAGGCACCGUUGUUAAUGAGGUUAUAUGUGAGACUCCAAAGCGGCAUGCUGGGCAGGAUAUGCGUUCAAUUCAAGCCGAACACCUGUGUCCAGAUUAUUCUGACAUUGUUGUCUCAACGGCGCCCCCCUCUGACGAGCCAACGCCAGAUAGGGCCACCACUACAGAAACUUCUCAAAGAUACAAUACCGCAAGCAGCACUGUCCCCCUUUCGGUCCUAAUCCUCAGUCUCUUACUUGUUUUCAUAAUGUCAGUGUUUGUGGCGGCCGGGCUGUUUGUGAUAGUCAUGAAGAAACGUAAGAAGUCCCAGAGCGAUCGUACCAGUACCAACAACUCUGAUGUGAGCUCCUUUAACUUACAGUAUAGCCUUUACAAUAACCGAUCUGUCCCAAAAGUGAAAGCCCCCGCCGGGCAUGUCUACGAGUAUAUUCCUCAUCCUAUGGGGCACAUGUGCAAAAACCCCAUCUACCGAUCCAGGGAAGGCAAUGCAGUGGAGGAUUACCGUGACCUUCACGAGUUGAAGGUGACCUACAGGAGUAACACUGAGGAAGAGAGGGACAGCAACAUGAGGAGUCCCACUUACAGUGUGAGCACCAUUGAGCCUCGUGAGAAUCCUUCACCUGUGCAAGAUGCUGAGCACUUCUUCAGAGGCAUCUUAGAGCCGGAUAAGCAGUCUACUUCAGGAAACAACCAUGAGUACAAGUAUACCGGCCCUGUCUCGUACACGUACAACCCAAACUUUGAUGUGAGACGCCAGUUUUUACACCCCGAGAGGAUAAGAGAAACCGUGCUCUAUGGUACAGCACCUAGUACUGUUUAUGUUGAGCCCAACAGAAAUGAAUAUUUGGAACUAAAAGCGAAACUUCAAGCUGAGCCGGACUACCUCGAAGUUCUUGAGAAACAGACCACAUUCAGCCAGUUUUGAACGUUACAUUUGUCAAUAUGAAGCAUUUUCCCCCUUAAAGAACUGGCUCAAUUUUGAGGGUGCCUUGGCACAACACAAAUCAAAAAAAGAAGCAGUAAAUGGGGUGUGCCGAACUGUAUUAUUCUUAUUUCUUAACUACAUGACAUUACAGAAUGGAAAGCUUACUGAGCAGAAGAGGAUGACUAUACAACAAUUCCACUACUAAACUGGUGAUGCAAAAUCUAUUUUUCUAUGUUGAAGAUUGAAUACACAUAAAUGUAAGUGUACAGGUAAUCUUACCCAACAACAUUUUCAGGAACAUAACCUAUACAUACGGUAUAUUGUGAAUCACAAAUGUUUAUAACUCACCCUCUGAUAAAAACACUGUACAGCAGUGCAUCAAACUGUGCAGGACUAUUUUCUGCUCUAGUCUGUAAGUAAGUAUUUAUUGAUAUACUCUGCCAUGUAUUUUCAAAACUUUUAAUUCUUCAUCAAUAUUACCUGUGUCAUAUCCAUUAUCCUCUGUAAAAGCUUAUGUUUGUAGUUUCAUAUCAUUUACUGUAGGUCGCAUUGUAAAAGUGGCUUUUUUAAAAGGUGGCACACCCCCAAUGUUAAAGAAAGACUGCGCCAUUUAAAGAAAAAAAAAGUGUCUUCGUAUGCUUUCUGCACUUUUUGGAAUUGGAAGACGAGUUGGUCUUCACAGCUAUCA